AUUGAAAUUUGAAACACUUCCGCUUAGCUUGGAGUUAUAAAAGCAGAACCGAAUAGUUCCAUUGUCAUUUCGUUUGAAACGACGAAGUGACUUUGCAAAGUAUAUUGGCUAUUUGAAAAUCCUUGUGUUGAUCCUAAACACCGUAUCCUUUAUUGGAUUGGGAGGUGAUGGUCGAGAUGGAUGGUAUAAAACGAGAUGGAACGACGGUGUUGAUGAGAAUUACAAAAAUACUAGUUUACAAGAAUGGAAAAAACAUUGCACAGAAGAUGAUGAAUCGAUUGGAGAAAAUGGGGGAGAAGUUGGAUUUUGAGCAGGAGUCGGAUAAACUGAUGUUAGAGGAAAUUAAGAAGUUGAAUGUGGAGAUUAAGAGUUUGAAUGUGGCAUGGUGUUUUUGUCUAUCGAGAACAAACAAGGUGUCAACAAGGAUGGAUGAAUUGGAGAAGAUGGAGAGGAUGUUGCAUCACGAUAAAACAGUGAUAGAGAAGAUUAAGAAUUUGAUGAUGGAGGUAAUGAAGAACCUGGUGAAGACGCUGGAUUGUGAGCCAUUCGUUUCAUUGUUUAAUCAGGGAGUGCAUAAGGGGUUGAGCGUAAUGGAUGAUUUGGAGAAGAUUGGAAAGAUGUUGGAUUUGGAGCAGGAGUCGGACAAAUUGAUGGUGGCUAAGAUUAAAAGCUUGAAGGUGGAGGUAAUGAAGAUCGUGGUAAGAAAGCUGGCGAAGGAUCUGGAUUGUGAGCGUUUCGUUUCAUUGAAAAGUAACAACGUAUGGAAUGUAAUGAAUAAAUUGGAAAAGAUUAAGAACACGUUGGAUUUCCAGCAGAAGUCAGACAAACUAAUGAUGGUGAAGAUUGAGAAUAUGAAAAUAGUUGUAGUCAAGAAACUGGUGAAGAAUCUGGCGAGGGAGCUGGAUUGUGAGGGUUUUUCAUGGGGAGUGCACGAGGGUUUGAGUGUAAUGGAUGAUUUGGAGAAGUUUGAGUAUAUGUUGGAAUUUGAGCAGGAGUUGGAUAAAAUGAUGAUAGAGGAGAUAAAGAAGUUGAAGACGAAAAUAAUGGAGAACCUGCUGAGGGAGCUGGCUGAGGAGCUCGUUUGUUGGGGUUCGUCAUCGGGAACAAUCCUGGCAACGGACGCAAUGGAUAAUUUGAAGAUGAUGGAGAACAUGUUGGAUUUGGAGCAUAAGCCAGAUAAACUGAUGCAUGAGGAGAUUAAGAAGUUGAAGAUGAAGGUAAUGAAGAUCGCGGUGAGGGAGUUGCCGGGAGAGCUGGAUGGUGAGCGUGACACCUCAUGGGGAAAAAACAAGACAGAGCAGGUAAUGAAUGAAUUGAAGAUGAUGGAGAAGACGUUGGAUUUCAAGCAGGAGUCGGACAAACUGACGGUGGAGGAGAUUAAGAAGUUAAAGAUGGAGGUAAUGAAGAACCUGGUGAAGAACCUGGUGACGGAGCUGGAUCGUGAGGAUAUCGUGUCAUGGAUGUCAACGGCAAGAUACAAAACAUAUGACGUCAUGAAUGAAUUGAACAAUGAAUUGAAGAAGAUGGAGAAGACGUUGGAUUUGGAGCAGGAGUCGGAAAAACUGAUGAUGGUUAAGAUCAGAAAGUUGAAGAUGGAGGUCCACAUAGCCCUUAACAUGAGGUAUGAGCUGGAGAAGAUGGAGAUGAUGUUGGAUUUGGAUUUGGAGUCGGAUGAACUGAUGAAGGAGCUGAUUAGGAAGGUGAAUGUGAAUGUGCGUGUGAAGAUGCCAAACCAGGAGAAUAUCAUAUCAAUAACGUUCCACCUGAUAUCGUUGGCAAACAAGAUUUUGAUGAAAAAGAAAAAAUCGAGGUGUGAAAAAAGAAAGGCUUUAUUAACAAAGAAGAGCGUGUAUUCCAAGAAAGGUUGUAGCUAUUCGGAGAAAUUUUCAUCGAAGAAGAGAACUUAUUCCAAAUUGAACUGUGGCUGUUCUGACAUGUUUUUAUCAAAAGAUGACAAUGCGAACUCUGAGCGAGAUUGUAGUUUAUUGAUACAAGUCACAGACGCCACACGACUACAACUUGCUCUCGCCUGUAAAACAAGAAGCGAAGUCGUUUUCAAGGCAAAAAGGCGAAUUUGGAGGAAGGAACCUCCACAAAUAUGGCGGGAAUUUCCCCCCAGGAUGAUAACAAUCUAUCUAAUUUCGAAGGUUUUUUUCCAGAUGAUUUUCUGAAUAACAUAUGGAAUUUUGAUGAUGCGGGAUUAUUUGGCCAAAGCCACGUUCCAUUUUACGACGUUUUAGAGGAUCUUUCCUUGCCUUCUGAGAUCUUCCAGUCUGAUAAUAGGGAUUCCUCAGAUACAUACAACGUUGUUGCACACGAAAUUGCCGAGGAAAUUCAAGAGGAAUCACUUUGGCCCAGUGAGAUCCACAGGAUUAAUACUAGGAAUUCCUCAGUUCCAAGAGACGCAGAAGGAAUUCUAGAAGAAUUUGAAGACGAAUUUCUAUUGACCACUGAGAAUUUGCUCGGUGCAUUGGAAGAACCUAAUCAAGUCUUCCAUGAAAAAAUUAUGAAUCUGACAACAAUGUCAGCAGAGUCAAAUAUGAACUCUUUUAACACUGAGCCCACGACUGACAAUUUGGUCUCAGAACCCAACAGAGGAACUCUCCAACCAAUCAGGAACCUUGCUUUAACCACUACAGUACCUAAUGUAACCCUAAAUAUUCCUUCCGGAAUACUCGUAGGCACCUCUAAUUCCAGCGUGUUUGUCGGUAAUUUACCCCGCAACAACAUUCAGUUCGAUACGGCAGCUGAAUGCCUUGGACUGACUGUUGAGCGUAAUAGUGAUUGCAGUGCUGAUCAUCCUGCCACAGAAUCCGUUCUUAAAAACAAUACCAUCCCUCUACCCAGCCAGUCGUACGAGUACACCAGUGCUGAAAUAUCCCCUCCCCUUCUCGGUAGCCACGAUACCACCAUUGUGAAUCCUGACAGUAGAAAAAGACUAUUUGAAAAGGACAGGGAAGAUAUCGAAGCUGUUGUCCCUGUUUCUAAGAAGAAAAUGGAACAACAACCCUGUUGCUCUAGAGAUGUAGCUUCAUGUGAAGGACUUCCCGUGCCUUCUGGUGCCCGCAUCUUUUGAUGGUACUUCAUCGGGGGUUGAAGAAGGACAUCCCGUUGCUUCUGGUGAUGCUUCAUCUGUAGGUGAAGAAGGACUUCGCGUGGCACCACCUCAUGGCAGAACAACUCGUGGCAAAACAACUCGUGGCAAAACAACUCGUGUCCGCAAACCGUCGAAAAAAGCUCGUUUGAGUCAACAGGAAAAUCAGCUUAAACAGGAAAAUGAAGAGUUAAAAGCCCUGGUGCAGGAGUUAUCAAGAGAACUGGAGUUUCUGAGAAACUGUAUAGUCGGUAAGUUAAAGGUCAGUAUUAUUGCUGUGAAAAAUAAUAAAAAUUAGAAAUUUCUUAAAAUUUCUUUGUAAAAUACCCAUUUGUUUCUUUUGCAUGUUUAGUAUAUAUAAGAUUACUAUAAAAUAGAAUAAAAACAUCGUCAGCUUGAUAAUAGCAACACUAGCGAAUAUAUCUCUAUAAGCUUAUUUGAGCUGUUUCAAGAGUGAUAUAAGGAACUGGUCAUAAAGUAACUGUUGGACGUUAUAACUUUAGCCAAAAUGUUUUAAUUUUUAUGUACUGCUCCAAUUUUCUGAGCUUUUUCACAUUUUUCGUCAUUUUUCAUUCUCAAUGUCUUUCACCCUUCAGAGUUAUGUUUCUUAGAUGUUUCUUACUGUGUUUUGCUGUCUGUCGUAUUUUCUGUCCAACAACAGGAGUUUUAUGGGCAAACUUCUCUCGGGUUAUUUUGGUGGCCUUUCACAUAGGGUGGCUUCACAUAGGCUUUUAUUUUUUAAAUCGAUUAUUGAGUUAUAUGUGUUUAUUUUGUUUUGUUUAUAUUCUGUCUGCUAUUAUUUACCCACUAUAAGGAAAUUUCUUUCGCACGUAAUGAUGAAAAAUGUUAUUUUAAUUCACUACCUCCCAGUGCUCGUUCUAACAUUGUAGCCACAAUUACAUAGCCAGUUAUUAUAAGGCAUUAAAGUAACAUGUAUAAUAGGAUAUAAUUUUUUUU